AUGAUUUCGCGUAGGCCUGGCGCGUUCGGUGCGCUGAAGGUCACGAGAAAUGGACUUUCUAAACGACUGGUGCAAAGGGUAAUGCUCACUUUGAAAACCAUCCUUACACCUACCAGCAGGACAGAGCGCUCGCUCGCAAGGCAAUCGUACUUACCUGACCUACUCAAAACGUCACCGCGAUGUGAAUUCCUGAAGAAAGCUCUGCAGAAGGCAGUGACGAGUUCGAAGCGCUAUACCUGCGUUCCACAGUCGGCACAUUUCUGA